UCAUUGGCUUCGGCCGCGGACGCUGGAAGGCGUGUUUUGUCGCUGUGUUUAGUCUGUGAAAGAUCGCAGGAGCGUCGCGCGCGCUCUUCUACUUUUUUAUUUUUUUCGCGCGCAAUAAAAGGUUUAUGUGAUAUUUUUAAUCUGUUACAAUUUUUGUUUGUCUUCUUUAAUGUGAUACAGAAUUAACGGAAAAAAGUGAAGUGUUCAAAUAAAAAUAGGAAUAAAACAAUGCCUUGACACAGAGGAUAAAAUAUACAAACAUAAUACAAACAAAAGAUUAGUUCAAUAUCAAAAAGUAGUUCAUUUUAUUAAAGGUUAAAAAGUGUAGUGUAAAAAUGUCCGAGGAAAAGUCACCGGUGCCGGUGGAAGGUCUGAAACCUAAUGAAACAUGGAGGAUCAUGAAGAAUGUGGUGGUCAUCAGCCUGGCUUUCAUGGUGCACUUCACAGCAUACAGUGGUGCAGCUAACCUUCAAAGCUCUAUAAACGCGGAGGCGGGUCUGGGCACCGCGUCACUAGCUGCGGUCUACGCUGGCCUCAUUUUCUCAAAUAUCUUCCUUCCUGUUGUAGUCAUAAAAUGGCUGGGCACAAAAUGGGCGAUUUCCCUAUCGUUCAUUACAUACAUGCCAUACAUAGCUGCCCAGCUUUACCCUACCUUCUACACCAUGAUCCCUGCAGGGUUGAUCGUGGGUCUUGGAGGCGGGCCGCUCUGGUGCGCCAAAUGUACUUACUUGUCUGUGGUAUCAGAAGCUCACAACAAGUUAUCCAACAUAUCAGCCGAGGCCCUGCUGGUUCGGUUCCUUGGCUUGUUCUUCAUGAUCUUCCAAAUGAACCAAGUUUGGGGCAAUCUCAUCUCUUCACUUGUGUUAUCAUCUGGGAACAACACGGCAGCAGUGACAGCAGUGAAUGAGUCGAUGAUUCCCGUACUAUGUGGAGCCAACUUCUUGCCUAGUGCUGAUGCUGGAGAGGCUCUGCCCACACAGCCACCAGAGAAGAUUCAGAUGAUUUCAGGAAUAUACCUCGCAUGUAUGGCCGGGGCAGCGCUUAUUGUAGCUAUAGGCGUUGACUCUAUGAAGAGGUACGACUCCGGUCGCUCAGGGUCUGGUGGAGGACUGUCAGGCAUGGCUCUCCUGGCUGUGACCUUGAAGCUGAUGGCGGAACCAACGCAGUUGCUACUCGUCAUCAUCAAUAUCUUCAUUGGACUGCAGCAGGCUUUCUUUGGAGCUGAUUUUACCGCUGCGUUCGUGUCGUGUGCUGUCGGAACCGGCUCAGUUGGGUUCGUUAUGAUGACUUACGGGUUAUCAGAUGCUAUUGGAUGUGUGGUAACAGGAUAUGUGGCUAAGUUAACGGGUCGUCUGCCCCUGCUCUGCGGCGCGACAAUAGUUCACGCAUCGUUGUUCACGGCGGUACUGACGUGGCGGCCUCAUGCUGGGGAGGAGUACGUGCUGUACAUCAUCGCCGUGCUCUGGGGGGUCUGUGACUCCAUAUGGAUCGUACAGAUUAAUGCAUACUACGGCCUCCUGUUCCCAGGUAGAGAAGAGGCAGCCUUCUCCAACUUCAGACUGUGGGAAUCCGUAGGCUACAUCAUAGCCUAUGUCAUAUCCCCAUAUCUGAGGACUAGUGCCAAAACGUACCUCAUGUUCGGCAUGAUGAUCGUCGGCGUAGCUUGCUACUUCAUCGUGGAGUACCAACAGCAUAUAAAGAAAAGAAAACUGGAGAACAAGAAGAAGGAUUUGUGUUAUAUUACUAAUACUAAAGGUUGUGAUAAUAUUGCUUUUCAAACGAUAGAAUAAAAUUUUGUGUAGUGUUACGUAAGUACAUUGUAUACGUAUAAUUAUGAAACAAUAUCAUGGCUGUAAUUUUUCAAUAGGAACAAUGUUUGUACUAGUAAUUGGGUAGUGUCCAGGGUAUCGAAAUUAAAAAUCUAAUUAGUCCGUCAGUUAGAUAAUGAAAAAAUAUUAGACACGUAUUUUUUAUUUACU